GCCAGGCGAGGCUACCACAAUCUUCUUUACUUUACAUACCACUACGUGACGGAGUGGCACAUUGACACAGAAAAAGCCAUAGCAGCCGCCAGGAGAGUGUUCGCCAAGGACCCAACCAUGCCCAACGCCACUGAUCCUGACAAGUUCUCCAGGUUCCUCUACGACGCCUUCUACCUGUACGCCAUCGCCGUGAACGAGACUUUGACAAAGGGCCUACCUCUUACAGGGGCGAACAUCUUCAACGCCAGCAAGAACAAGAUCUUCUCUGGAAUGACGGGUCGAUUCCUGACCAACGACAACGCGGACAGGCAGUCGAGUUUCCUGAUCUGGGAUAUGAACAAAUCCAACAUCUUCCAUCAGGUCGUCAUAACUAGGUACGCCUUGAAUGGAGAGAAAACUUGGGAGCUGAUAAACCCCAUCCGGUGGGGGAACGGCAAGUCUUACAACGGCUCGGACAAUUACAUUCCCCCGGACAAGCCGCCGUGCGGAUUUCAGAACGAGUACUGUCUCCAAGAUAAUAUAGUAGAGCUUGUCGCCCCUCCCAUCGUCGUUACACUCAUGUUGGCCGGGUUUAUCGCAUUCCUGGUCAUCUACAGGUGGUGGAAGAAAGAAAGAGAGCUGUACGAGACAUUAUGGAAAGUCAAGUACUCGGAGCUGAAUUUCAACAUCUCUAGAGGUCCUAUAUCACAAGCGGCUGUAUCAAACCUAGGCAGUCGCCAGUCUUUGAACGAUUGCUCAGAUAACAGAUCCGACACAUCUACAGGAAACACAUCCAGCUACUCAAACUGUCGACAUGACAAUAUGGUGAUGAUAAGUCAGAUGUUUACACAGGUUGCUAAAUUAAAUGGUGACCAAGUUGCAGUGAGGAAAGUGCGCAAAAAGUCAAUAAGGGAAGAUAAACUACUUCUGAAAGAGAUGAAAAUUAUGAAGUCUCUGAAACACACAAAUCUGGCCACUUUCCAUGGAGCCUGUACCGAGAGCCCCAACAUCUGUGUGUUGUGGGAGUAUUGCAGCAAGGGCAGCUUAGAGGACAUCCUUCACAACCAGGACAUCAAGCUAGAGUCCAUGUUCCAGUUCUCCAUAGCACUGGACAUUUGCACUGGUUUGAACUACCUUCACACAAGUGAGCUGGGUGUACAUGGAAGACUAAAGACCAGCAACUGUGUGGUAGACAGCAGGUGGGUGGCUAAAUUAACAGACUUUGGCCUUAAGAGAUUCAAGAAGGGAGAGAAGCCAGCAGACGACACAAGUACUGAUAAAUAUUAUACAGAUUUAUUAUGGACAGCCCCAGAAGUGUUGAGAAGUCUGCUGAACAAUGAGAAGGUCACGUCCACAAAGGAAGCAGACGUCUACUCUCUUGGCAUCGUGCUCAAGCAACUGCUGUGUAAGAACUUUGCUUACAGUGAAGAGCUCCAGUACAUGUCUGCUAAAGACAUUAUUAUGAGGAUAGCCCAGGUGGAACCUGAACAUAUACAAAUGCGACCUCACAUCAUUGAAGAGUUCCCAGAACAUCAAGUUGUGAUGAUGUCAUUCGUCAAGUUAAUAAAAAGUUGUUGGUCAGAGGACCCUACGCAUAGGCCAACUAUAAAGCAAGUACUCAGGAACAUGAAACGGAUGAGCCCUUUGAAAAUGACAGGUGUGCUUGAUAACAUGUUGGCUCUGAUGGAGAGAUACUCCACACGCCUUGAAGAUCUAGUAUCUGAGAGAACUCUUCAGCUUGAGGAGGAGAAAAGAAAGACUGACACACUGCUGUACAGGAUGCUGCCAAGGAAAGUGGCUGAUGACCUGAAGGCUGGACAACAUGUGCAAGCUGAAGCUUUUCAGGACGUGACCAUUUAUUUUUCUGAUAUUGUCGGCUUCACUACACUGGCUGGGGAAAGUACACCCAUGGAGAUUGUUGAAAUGUUGAACUUACUUUACAGCCAGUUUGACAACAUCAUUCAAAACUUUAAUGUCUAUAAAGUUGAGACUAUUGGGGAUGCCUACAUGGUUGUCUGUGGCUGUCCAGAACCCAACCCUGACCAUGCUCCUGUCAUGGCUGACAUGUCUCUGGCACUGCUAGAUUCUGUCAUACAUUUUGUCAUACCACACAGGCCUCAAAAUCAACUCCGCAUCAGAAUUGGUUUGAACUCAGGCCCAGUUGUUGCUGGAGUAGUUGGUAACACAAUGCCUCGCUACUGUCUGUUUGGUAACACAGUCAACCUUGCAUCUCGCAUGGAGUCACAGGGAAUGCCCCUGCGCAUACAACUUAGCUACUUUACCUAUGAAAUUCUGAAAAACGAUCCAGAUUUUAUAAUGGUGCCCAGAGGUCUAGUGGAGAUAAAAGGAAAAGGCAUGAUGCCCACAUACUGGCUAAAAGGCAGAAGAUCAACUAUGGAGGUUCAUCUUGAGACUGACAAACUUGCAAGGUCUGCUAACAGUGUUCAGGCUAAUGCCUUCAUUAAUAAGGAAGCCAUCGAAAAAAAAGCUCCAGAAAUCACAAACCAACAAACCACAGUGGAUCUUCAGUUGACCUCUGAUAUCACACAUAGCCCAACUUCCAACAAGGAUGUUGACCACACGAAGCACACGUGUGACCUAAUGUAUUCAAGAUUUCCAGAUAGAAAAGUAGAUGAACUAGACACAAUAAACUGUGCACCCGAUCAAUGCUGGGAUGAUCAUUUUCGAAAUUUAAGUAGCAAAACAGACAAGCCAUUUCAAAAUAAUUCUUCAGGUCAGUCUGAACUGAAAGCAAGACCUGACUCCUACCUGGCCAGUGAUAGUGCUGAAAAUGGCAAUUAUGCAGGAGAUAAUUUUGGGCGGAGCUUUUCUGAUAGAAGCUUUGGAAGCAAUGAGAGUUUUCACACUUUGGUGCUUAGCAAGCAAAAUGGAUUUACAAUUUUCAAAGAUGCCCUUCAGUAUGUGCCAUCCUCUGUUUCUGAAUGUGAAUUAAAUUCAGUUUCAAAACAUGUAAGUGGGCAUGUUCCUGCUAAUGUAGUAAGUGACCAAGCUACUAAGAAAGAAAAUUCUGGUAACUCUGGUCAGAGAAUUAGCGUAACCACAUCACUGAAUUCCCUUGCAACACCACCCCAUAAGGUAAAAAUAGCAACACUGCCUGCAAUCAUUCCCACACCUCACAACGCAACAGAAAAGGAAGGCUCACCAUUUUAUGUUAAAUCAACAUUAAAAAACAAAGCAAAAUCUCACUCUAAAGUGCCAGCCUUUGGCGCAAGUGAAAAUGGUUUUAUGGAUGAAAAGGGAAAAGAUUACUCUCCUCCUCGAUCUAAAUCUUUCACUGACAGUUUAGCACAGUAUUCCUCAGAUGAGGAUACAUCUGAUCGCACUGCAGUAAUUUAUUCACCAAGGCCGAGCCCAUCUAAGAAGAGCCCCAUUAAAUACCAUCCUGGUAAAGACCCAUCUCUUAAAAAACCACACACUUCAAGAGCAGAUGGAACCAAUGGGGUCACAAUCUAUGAUGAAGAUGAGAGUGAUCCUAGUGAGAAAAUCUCAUUCAUUGAAAAACAUAAAAAUCCUGCUCAAAAUGAUGCCAAAAACAUUGUCUCAAUGCAAAAACUUAAAAAGGAUAUGUUCUCAAAACAUACGCCCAAUGCUCAUAACCGACACAGCCCAACUAAAAAACCAGCAGAGAAGUACAGCCUGCAACCAAUAGAAAAACUUCGACUGUUAAACUCUCCUAGCUGGAAUGAGAAGGGUCAACUCAACACCAAAGCAUUUGAUGUUCAUUUGGACAUGAACAAAAAGUCCAAAAACUACCAGAAGAAAGUCACAAGCCAACAUGGCAAGCCUCAAUCUGCUGAUGGGAACUUAAGAGAAAAGGUGAUUGACUCCAACCACUUGGAACUGUGUGAUAAAAGUUUUGAGAUUUGACUACGUUAGUGAUAUCCAAUGUUUCAGACACUGCUUCAGAUCUGACAGAUUCAUAAAAUAUUAGCAUAAUGUUAAACAGUUUAGGGUUUAAUAAGUGAUAUAUUGGACUUACCUAAAAUGAAAUUCAAUUCAUUCAAGAAAUAUAUAUUUGCAAAAUGUUAUCCAACAAAGAGGUAGACUUAAAAAAUAUUUUUCAUAAUAUACACGAGGCAUUACUUUUAUCUAUAUGGAGAAAUCAGCAAAUAUAAUGGAUAUUAAUUUAAUGUGAAAAAUGUGAUAUUAUUAAUGUGAUCUUUCCUGUGCUACUGUAUAUAAGGGGUAAAAAUAAAGACAUUUGCAGUUGACAUGUUAUAGAGUAAUUAUAUUUAAUAUAUUUUGCUACUUUUUUUAACUUGAACUUUUUUUUGCUACCUAAUUUUCAUCCAGAUAUGAUUAAACUUUUCAUAGACCUAAAUGGAAACCUAUUCUUUCUAUAUUAAAAAAACUGAUUUUAAAUCAUUAAAAAAGUUCAUUUAGUGUUGGAUGACCCACAAUGUUGUAAAUAGCAGUAACUGAUUUGAUUUUGAUGCUCCAUCUAUAUCUUUAAAUGAUCAUACUUUGUUACCUGUUCAUGUUAUACAUUUGGGGAAUCAUUGAAAACAUUUUACAAUGAUUUAACUAUUUUUGCCAUGGAAAUUUGUGUUAAAUGCUGUGAGUUAUUAAGAUGGAACAAAGAAAGGAUUUAACAUGUUUGAUGAAGUUAUUUUUGCAAUGUGAUUUUAAUUUUUUUAUUUGAUGGAGAACCAGUUGGUUUUACUACACACUGAUGAGUAUAUUAAUAGUCCUGGUUAUGUGGUUUAUAAAAAAUGUUGACAAAGGUGUUUUUAAGCAUGAAUACAUUUAACAUGGUAAUAGAUACAGCUAUCUGAUUAUUGAUUCUUACAUAAAUUUAACUUUUGUAACUAAUGUUUCUGGUAAAAAUUCUUUAAAAACUAUAUUGACUAGUAGUUUUAGAAAAAUCUCACCACUCCAAUCAAUACAAUUUAUUAAGUCUCUUUGUUGAUGAAUUGAAUGAUUGAAUGCUUGUAAGAUUGACAAAGUGAUAAUUAUUCGAUGUGAUAUAAUAAUCUCAAACAAAUAAAUAUGUAGUAAUUAUGGUCAGCAAAAGUAAAAAACUGAAUUAUUCUUAAGAAAUGCCAAAUUAAAUUGUUUUUUCUGUGGCUAUAUAUGACAUAAAAGAUUCCAUACUCUACACUGUGAUAAAUAUUUUUUCUUACUUUAAUCCAACUCUAAUUUAAUUAUUUCUUAUAUGCAUUCAAUUUUUUAAGCUUUGUAAAACAUUAUUUAUAAAUGUAUAGCCUACUUUUUAUUUUAUAAAAAAUAUAAUAAUGUUUUUAUAUUUGGCAACUGCUAGCAGUAGCUAUAACCAGCUUAUGAAUAUUAUGAUUUUCUCAUUGUUAGGUCAUCAUAGCUUGCAUAUUUUAGCUGUCAUGUUGAAUUUUUAUAAGAAGAAAUAUUAAAGCUCUCUAUCUAGUUUUUCUAGGCCAGUAUAUUUUAAAAAGUCAUUCAGUUAUGCAUUAUAACAGGAAACUAAAUUUGUUUCUAAGAAAUGUUUAAUCGAAUGCAUACUUUUUUCAAACUAACUUUGUUCAUAAAUAUUAUUUUAUGAAUCAUAUUUACAACUAUACUUUUAAAAACCUUUUGUUUUAAAAUGAUGCAUUGUAAGUAGCUUCUUAUAACUUGUCUUUCAUAUCAUCGUAUAUGUGAUUUUGUUUUAUUUUGGUGAUAUUUAAAAAACAUAGGACAGACAAUUAAUAGCUUUUUCUUUAAGAAUCAAAUUUUUAUUAAAUUCACCAUGCAGUUUUGAUGUAGGUAAAAUAUUUUCUCUUUUGAAAAAUGUUUUGCAUUCUGAUUUGAUACAUUAAUAAAAGGAAUGGUUUUAUUUUCUUCUUUUUAUAAAAAAAGUUUUUUUUUUAAUUAAAUUUGGCUUUUGUUGAGCAAUUGCUUUCUCCAGUGAGAAGAUACAAUGAUUUGCAGUGCCUUUAAAGUUUACAUAAAUGUGUAUUAAAAUUGGCAUUUAAAUGACUAACAGCCAUUUUGAAUAACACCGGUGUGCACAAAAUUAUUGAACUAUUUAACUUUUUUGUUGAUUUCAUUGAAAUUGUAACUGUACCAGACUCAUUUUUUAUGUUUUUCAUUUUUGCUAAUACUUGCAUCUUUUAUUUUUAAUAUAACAGAAACCUUAAUUGUACAUAGAUGUUUUUAUAUAAUAACGUUUUAUGCUUCUUAUCUUUUCUAUGAGAACUAUUUUUUAAUUAAUAAAAAUAACUUCAGUUAC